UUAGGCUGAUCCAAUAUCAGCAGACUUGUUUGAAUCAAUCAGUCAUAGGGGAGAACUGCAUCAGCAAGGUUGAGCUAUGAAUACCUGUAUCUCCUCAAUAUUGGUAGUGUUGGCCAUUUUAUCUUUCGCUGACUACUCCGUGGCAGACGGGGAUCGGCACCUAAAUGAGAACUUAAAUCAAGCGACUGUAAAGAAAACUAAGUAUGGUUGGCAAUGUGCCGGGGUGACGUGCCCCAUAAAGUUUACGGCAUCUUGUAAGGUAACCAAGAUCCUAAAGCCAUCUGACCUACAGCACACCGAGCUCCUGAUUUUAUGCAUGGAUAAAAACGAUAAGCCGAUGUGUGGGAUAACACGAACUCGCAAAGGCGUAAUACAGGAAGUUUUGGACGUGGACGAAAACGGAAAUACGAUAUAUGACAAAAAGGAGGUGAUUUCAGAGAAUGAUGGCACUAAAAUCCCUAGGUGCCCACGAAAGUAAAUGAUGUGCACUGAUCGAUUUCACACAAAUAUAUUUUAUCUACACAAGGUA